UCUGAUUCAGCCUCUGUAACAGAUCCACACCGCUGUUCUUUGGGAUAAACUGUAAAUCAUAUUUGAGCUGUAUUUCUGUCGAGCCCUUAUAACAGGACAGAGACUGAGAAUCUGUUCAUCUUUGAACACUGCAAAGAAAUGGCCGAGUCUGCAGUGAGUCAGUAUGAGGAUCAGUUCAGCUGUCCAGUCUGUUUGGAUCCUCUGAAGGAGCCGGUGACGAUUCCCUGUGGACACAGUUACUGUAUGAGCUGUAUUACUGACUGCUGGGGCCAGAAGGAGCAGGGGCCGCCGUACCGCUGUCCCCAAUGCAGAGAGAGCUUCAGUCAGAGACCUCUACUGAAGAAGAACACUCUGAUAGCUGAGAUGAUGGAGACGCUGCAGAAGACGUCCCUACAAACGGCUGCUGUGGAGUGUGAUGUUUGCACUACAGAGAAGAACAGAGCUGUAAAGUCCUGUCUGCAGUGCUUGGCCUCCUUCUGUCAAACUCACCUGCAGCUUCACUAUGAAUCUCCUGCGUUUAUGAAGCACAAACUAGUCCAAGCUUCCAGAAACAUUCAGGAGAACAUCUGCCUCAGUCAUGGGAGACUUCUGGAGAUUUACUGUCAGGAAGAUCAUCAGUGCAUUUGUUACUUGUGUAUGAUUGACAGUCAUAACGGCCACCGUUUGGUUUCUGUGGAUUCAGAAUGGACUAGUAAGAAGAGUUCAGCUCUAGAGACCAUGGAGGACAUUGAGAAGGUCUUCACUGAGCUCAUCUGCUCUCUUGAGAAGAAACACUCUGAGAUUAAAGAGCAGAUCAGAGCUCAGGAGAAGACUGAGAUAGAUCGAGCAGAGAAACUUCACAAACAUCUGGAUCAAGAGCUGACAGAACUCAGAAAAAGACAAGCAGAGAUUGAGAAACUUCUGAAUACUGAUGAUCAGAUCCAGUGUCUGAAGAGCUGUCAGUCUGUGUGUGUUUUACCUUCAUUUGAAGACUUUCCCAGCUUCACUCAACACACUCAUCUGUCUUUUAAAGACAUUUCAAUCUCAGCAUUUAAGGAGGUUUUGGAGGACGUCUGUCAACAACAAACAGCUAAAAUAUCUCGAGAAGUGUCAAAUGUCCAUGUUUCAGAGUCUCCAAAACCUGAAUCUCCAAAUGAAUUUUUGCACUAUUUCUGUCAGCUGCAACUGGAUCCAAACACUGCACACCUAAACCUCAAACUGUCAGAAGAAAACAGAAAAGCAUCACAUUCAGAUGAAGUCCAGCAAUAUCCUGAUCACCCAGAGCAAUUUGAUGGAUAUAAACAUGUCUUGUGUCGGGAGGGUUUGUACAGUCGCUGUUAUUGGGAGGUCGAGUGCAGUGGAGACAACUGGUCUGUAGCAGUUUGUUACAAAGGAAUUAGUCGUAAAGGAAGAAGUAAUGACUGUAGACUUGGCUUCAACAAAGAAUCUUGGAGAUUGUCCCGCUAUCAACAGAAUGUCCAUUUCAUACAUGAUAAAGCCCAAGUCUCAAUCCCUGCUGUCUGCUCCUCUAGAAUAGGAGUGUAUCUGGAUCACAGAGCAGGAACUCUGUCCUUCUACAGCGUCUCUGACACAAUGACUCUCCUUCACAGAGUCCAGACCACUUUCACUGAACCCUUAUACCCUGCUUUUGGGGUUAGUGAUGGUUCAUCUGUCAGGAUCAUAGAGCAAAGAAGAAUUUAGAUCAGUAAUAAAAAG